AUGCCGGUUGCACAAAGUGGUCAACAAGCCAUGCCGGUUAUACAGAACGUUCAACAGACUGUGCCUUUGGUUCCCGAGCCUCCAAAGGUGGUCCCUACCUUCACACAAGCUAAUAUCCAUACUCGGGUGCAGCCUUAUCUUAAUGAGCCUGUUUAUGAAAUUCUGGAUGAUAAUGAUGAAGGUUACCAGCCGCGUGAUAGGCUCCGCGAGGAGGUUGUUACUAUUGAUAAAAGAUUAAGAAAGAUGGAAGGAGACCAGAUCUUUGGUGCUGCUGCUAGAGACAUCUGUUUGGUUUCCGGUUUAGUUAUUCCGCCAAAGUUCAAGACUCCGAACUUUGACUGCUAUGAAGGGACUACAUGUCCGAAAAGCCAUUUGAUAAUGUACUACCGUAGGAUGGCUGCCCAUGUGGAAAAUGACAAGUUGAUGAUCCACUGUUUUCAAGACAGUCUGAAAGGUGCCUCGUCGAAGUGGUAUUUAACAUUGGACCAAUCUCGCAUCAAGUCUUUUCAAGAUUUGUCUGACGCUUUCAUUAAGCACUAUAAGUACAACAUGGACUUGGCUCCUGACAGGAGACAACUUUUGAGUAUGACGCAGAAAAAUUCUGAAACCUUUAAGGAAUACGCCCAGCGGUGGAGGGAAAUUGCUUCCCAGGUUGAACCUCCAUUGACUGAUAAAGAAUUACCUGACUGGUUUGUUGACACCGUUCGUCCUGAGUUCUAUGAAAGGAUGGUGGGUAGUGUAACCACGAAUUUCGCUGAUAUUGUUGCUGUUGGAGUAAAGGUUGAAUUAGCUAUGAAGAGUGGAAAGAUGUCCAGUGGGUCUAGCAGUACAAGUUCGAAGGACCAAGCUAAGAAGACUUCCGUCAAUCCUCAGAGAAAGAAGGAAGGAGAGACUCAUGCUGUGUCUUCAGAUAGGAGAAGGAAUAGGCAGUAUCAAUAUCCGCCACAUUAUGCCCAACCACAGGGAUACCCGGUUCAGUAUGCACCACCGCCAUACGUGGCUGCUGUUGCACCAUCUUUUAACCAACAAGCUCCACAAGCGCCCGUUUAUCAGCCCAUGCAACAGGUUCCUGGUUAUCCGCCUCCGGUUUUUCCUCCUCCGAAUUAUCAGCAAGCAUCCAACGCUCAGGCGAGUCAACAACCGAGGAACCAGGCACCUCGCCAGAAUGCUCCAAGGAGACUAUACAAGACUUGUCCACCGAUUCCGAUGACGUUCACCGAGUUGUAUCCUUACUUAGUGCAACGCGGUUUGGUCACUACUCGAGCUUUGGGACCGCCUCCGAAUCCUUUGCCAGCCAACUACAACGCCGCCGCUCAUUGUUUAUUUCAUGAGGGUGCGCCAGGUCACGACUUGGAGAACUGUUAUGCUUUGAAAAACCUUGUGAGGGAUCUGAUGGAAAAGAAGAUUCUGUCAUUCAACGAUCCGCCGCCCAAUGUCAAAAGUAACCCUUUGCCUGACCAUGGGGCUGUUAAUGCCAUUGAUGCUUCGUCUGAAGAGAAUUCUAUCCUUGAUGUAGCUCAGAUUAAGACUCCGCUCAAGGCAUUCCAUUCAAAGCUGUUUAAAGCAGGCCUAGUAUCUGUUUCCCAUAUCGGUUGUACGAGCUGUAAGGGAUGUGAUAAGGGUUGUGUUAUGGUUCGGAAAGACGUUCAGAGAUUGAUUGAUGAUGGUUUUUUGCUAGUUAACCAGGUGAAAGAAGUAGCCGCAAUUGAGCCUACCUUCAACUUGCCAGAAUCAAGGGGUAGGAUACCAGUGUUUAAUUUUCCAGCACCAAAUUCUGUCAUGCUAGUGUUCAGUAUACCGACUCCUGUUACUCCAACAGUGGACCAGCCUAAACCGUUGAUUAUCCAAAAACCGAGUCCAUUUCCAUUCAGUGAUCCCAAAGCAGUACCUUGGAAGUAUGAUGUAACCGCGAUUGACAAAGAAUUUGGGAAGGUCAUUCCAAGAGAAGAAGUGAAGGUUGAUGGUGAAAGUGUGACUAACAUAGCUGGGGAAAGCAGGAUGACUCGCAGUGGUCGCGUGUACACACCCCGUUUUGAUGAGGCUCCACCUAGAGAGACAACUACUAACACUGCUGUGCCUGCCAGAGAUAAAAAUAAAGAGGUUGUUACUAAUGAUGCAGAUGCUGAAUUCUUAAGGAUCAUCAGGAAGAGUGAUUACAAAGUUGUUGAUCAGCUUCAUCAGACCCCUUCGAAGAUCUCUAUCCUGUCUCUGUUAUUGAAUUCACCCGCUCAUAGGGCUGCUUUGCAGAAAGUAUUGACGCAAGCUCAUGUCGCUUAA